ACGAUUCUAAUGUCGAAGGUGAUUCUGAUAUAGAUGAUAAUACUAAUAUUUGCGACGAUACUGGUGAUACAGAUUUUCUUUUAGAUGAUAAUACAGAUCUUAAUAAUAUCGAUCAAAUUCUUGAAAAUGCCAUAGUUGGUUUAACAAACAU